UCUGUAUUUUCACCAAAUGUGAGUUGUCAUGUGGUGGUUCUGACUCUAUACAAUAUGCAGCGUUGUGUGCUAGCAGCACUCCUACUACUGAGGUUAGCUGCUGGAACCCAAGAUGAGAACACCGUGAGCCAAGAAUCAUCUAGCAGCUUACCUGCUGACGUCACAACACCGUUCCAAGAGAAAAAUGACAGUUUGAAUGAGGAUGAGCAAAAGAAAAUAGACAUACCCUUUAAGGAGUUCAUGGUUGAGCUGGAUCGCAAAGUUGGCCCAGACGAAAAAGAGUCGGCAGGUGCUAAGAGACUCAAUGCUGGAGUAAAACUAUUGGAAGCUAUAGUCGAACAUGACAUAUCCGUGACUGAAGGCUUGGGAGAACACAUAAGACUUUACCUUUUGGGUGAAGCUGACGGAGCUAUAAGCUACAUACACAAGCAUCAUGCUGCACUUGGAAGAACGGCUGAAACACAUUUCAGCAAAAUAAAAAAAGAUCUUGAGGCAUUGACGGAAACUGGAAAAACUAAAUCCUCCAUGACGGACAUUCGCAAUCAUGUGCGAUCUCUUAAUAAGCUAUUACAAUUCCAAGCAAGAUUUAUACUACAUAAAACUUAAAGGGAAACUACAACUUAUUUGUUCAACAUAAUCAUCACAGCUUUUACAAUGGAAGAGGGCGAAUAUCAAAAUUAUUUCUUGGAGUCCUGUUGUUUUACUGAGGUAUUUGGAUAAGGUUAAAAACUCACUUUUCAACGAAAUUUUUUCGAAAUUAUAUAUAGACAUAAUAUUGUAUGAGGUUUUAUUAAAUUGAUUUGA